GUCAUGGAGGGCCUCCAGUUGGCACCAGGGCAGUCCUUCCUCAACCUGGGAUCUGGCACUGGCUAUCUCUCCACCAUGGCAGGUCUCAUUCUCGGUCCCUAUGGAAUCAACCACGGAGUUGAACUUCAUGCAGAUGUUGUUAGUUACGGGCAAGAGCGGCUAGAACAUUUCAAGAAGAAUUCAUCGGCGAUAGAUGCAUUUACAUUUUGUGAUCCCCAGUUUGUGCAGGGUAAUUGUUUAUGCCUGCCCCCUGAUAUGCGCCUGUAUGAUCGAGUGUAUUGUGGAGCCUCAUGUCCAGAAAGUCAUGAAAACUAUAUGAAGGGACUUAUAAAUGAAGGAGGAAUAUUAGUCAUGCCACUGAAUGACCAGCUGGUGAAGAUUACGCGUAAAGGACCAAGCUCUUGGGAUGUGGAGUCCCUGCUGCCAGUCUCAUUUUCGUCGCUGGUCAUGCCGGACUCCAGUCAUCCUCCGUCUACAGUGAACCUCCCUACUGCAGAGCUCAUGGACCUCCAGGAGAUCUGUCGUCAGGAACUUCGCUCAAUAUUACGAACCAAUAUCGAGAAAGAACAUCCAAAUUUGGUGACCGCUGCAAACAGACCAGUACAAAGACAGCAGAGGAAUCGUGAUCGCCGACAGAUAUGCCGCAUUGUUGUACCCUAUGCCCCUCCUGUGCCCUUUUAUGAGUCAGAUGAUGAUCCGCGGAUGAUGUCUGAUGAAGAGCUAGAAGACAGAGAUGAUAGGGACACACUGUAUGUUGCUCAGCGCCACACUGCGAAUCAAAUAUCUGCUGUGAUUGAGUUAGCUCGUAGUCUUGCAGGACAGAGGAGGCUAGAGAGGGAAAGUGAGGAGAACGAGGCCAGACAGAAUGAAGAGGAGGAGGAAGAGGAGGAAAGGGAAGAUGAUGUGGAUGGACUCAAAGAGGAAGAACAGGUGGAAGAGGAAGAGGAGAGGGAGGUGGAUAAUGCUCCAAGCUCACCAGUUAAUGGGAAAAUGAAUAAAGAACGAGAAUUAUUUGGAGGCCUAACGAGGAUGUCGUUCUUAAAAGACAAAAGUCGCAAGGAAGCUGGAGUCGAGGAAGUGAAGGAAGAAGAAGUAGAAGGAGCCGAAAGUGUAGAGACACAAGAAGGUGCAUCAUCAUCAGUCCUAACAAUGCCGCAGUCUGAUCCAAUUCCAAUGACUUCAACACCAGUGAUGUCUGUAAAAUCCAAUAAAAAACGUGAGAAAUUUGACAGUGGCGUAGGUGACGAAAUAGAAAAUGGGAAGGGACCAAGUUCAGAAUCUGACGUGGGUGAAGAAGACAUAGACAUGGACAUUGAUUCUACGGAUUCUGAUUAUUCUGACAACUCGCCCCCAAGGACCAAAGUGACACGUCUGCUUGAUGCAGAUGACCCGUACCCGAGUGGAAAAGACUGCAAGGGACAUUGGAAGCACAGAAAGGAAGAUGACGAAACCAAGGAGGGACCAGACGAAAAUGAAGGCUCCGGUAGUCCUCCGUCCCCUGUUGAGUCGUAUUCAACCUUGAUGAGAGAGAAGAUUUCUCUGUUGCCACUUCCUCAAGCCCUCAAGUUGUACCUGAAUUACCAUAGGGAAUUGUAAGCUCGACCUGUGAACAGUUCCCUGCAGUAAGAUAACCAAGUCCUAUUACUCCUAGUACCUAUCUUCCAGAUGUAUUUACAUAACCUAUAAUACACAAAUUUUGGAGGAAAGUAUAUAAACAGUGGAUGGACCUAGCAAGUGUCACAUUUAAAGGUAAUAAGUCAGUGCAAUUACAAAAUGCAGAUCCCACCAAAGUGGGUUAAUGUAACUGCAUGUUAACCAAUCUACUUUUGCUUUUUGUUAUUGUAUAGUAGAUAAAGCAUUAAUAUGUGUAAUGACUUGAGUGUCUGAGGAAUGAUUUCUUGCACGAUGCUUUAUCUGAUACAGAAGAGAGGAAAAGGACAGAUGCUACAAGGAACAGCAUUUUCUUCGGCAUUAUUGGCAUCCAUUUGGCAAAAUGAGAAAAAAGAAAAGAAGCAAGACCACAGAGAAACCUGAAUAAUAUUAGUCAGUUUUAGGAGGUAAGCAGCCGUAAAGCAUAAAGGGAAAGGGAAGGUUUGAAUUCCGUCGUCAAAAAACAAAAACAAAAAAAAACUAUUUUUAUACAGCAUAUAUAAACAGUGUCUGCAGUGACUCCCCCCUAAAGAAAAAAAAAAAGUAAAAAAAAUAAACAAAACAAAGCAAAAAAAGCUAUCAGGAAGCACCUUGUAAUGAAUCAAACAAGUGUAAGAUGUUAUUUGUUUAUUGUUUUCAAUGCCAAAAUAAAGAAAACAAAAAAAAGUGUAGAAUGUUGUGUUAUAGUGUAAGAGUGUCACAAUAACAGGAGAUUGCAAAGAUUUUUGUGUAUCAGAGUUAGAGACGUGUUUACUCUUGAUUAUAAAUCCCAUGUGAUAGAUUUUUUAUUGUAGUUUGGGAGUAUAUAUACUUGAUAGUGUGAGUUUAUUUUCCAUAAAUGCAUUGAUUGUGAAAAAGAAAUGACUUCUUUAAUUACUCAUCAGGAAGUUAUUUUCAGAUCAUAAAAUAGCUACUCUGGCCAUUUUGUAUCUAUGUCUCCAUUAGAGGAACGAGUAUAAACUCCAGUACGAAAGUAUUAACCAGUUUCAACAUAUCUCGCAGUUACAGUGCCGAGAAGUCUUUUUGUUGAUCAUUAUGUCAGCCUAAUAGCGGAUUCUACAAUAGAGAUGAUUGCUCAGGCAUCUUUGGGCAUUGUGUCAAGACAAAUGUUAGUUAAAAGGAGCUUAAGACUUGGAAAAAGUUCUGUUUAAUAAAAGAGCAACUGACAUACCUCGGGUCAAGUGAAUGCUACAGUAACAAGCUUCUUUUUGCGUAAUUGUCCGAGAAUCAGAGAAAUACAAACACAUUAGUAUGUACUUUAUAACCACGUGUUUUUCAUUGCAUAUUCAGUACUCUUGAUUGAUUAGGGUAUUUCGAGUUGGAUGUUAUGUUGCCUCCAAUAAGCCAGCCAAUUUACAACCCUAUAUAUAUAUAUAUAUAUAUUAUAUAUAUAUUAUAUAUACUUAUUAAUAAGGAAGAUUAGUAAAUAAAAGUUAAAAAAAAAAAAGAUACAUAUAACAAUGCUAAUUAACAUUAUAUUUAAAUAUGUUUGGUAUGCUCUCUUUACCCAUGUAGCAAAUUUAUAUAUGUGGACAUUUUCUCAAGACUUCUGAAGCUGCAACUAUUCAACCAAGCACAAUUAUGGGUAAAUUUUUAGUGUAGGUCCACAUCUGAAAAUGCAUUGAAUUUGGGAUCGGUGGAUUCCUUAUGUUUAGUGAGCAUUUAUUGUAGUAGUAGCUGGGUUAGACAACAUUUGCAAGGAAAUCAGACUGGAUGGGUCUGGAGGGCACAAGGUAUCCCAAGGGAAUCGGGAGGGUAAAAUUUUCGAAAUUUUAGUAAGGGCAAGGUUUAUUUGUGUAAUCCAUGUUUGUCAUUGUUAGGGGCUAUGGUACUACCCCCCAAAACCCCUGCUUGAAAUACAAAAUCUGCAUCACAUCCGACUGGCAGUGUGGAGGGGUUGAAUGAUGUGCCCAUGUUAGUGAUGUCACAAUUCAGAUACGGCUAUGGCUUGGCAAACUAAACAUCUGUCGCUGCUUGCUUAAUCCUGAAUCGAUAUCAAAUUCAGUGGCUUUUGAGAUCUAGACCUUUUUUUUUUAGAAAUUUAUCCAGCUAUGUACUUGACACCAUUCCAAAAACACAAUAUUCAUAUGGUUUUAUUUUUAUUCAUAUUUUUUCAUUAUUACAGUUUUUACAUUGUUUUACAAUUUGAAAACUAUUUUGCCACACCAACAUCGAAGGUCUUUAGUGUCUUACAAAACCAGUAGGAUUGGCAUUCACAUAUCUGACCGCUUCCUAGGUGACUUUUUGAGCAAGGCAGUUGUCAUAAACCAGAACUGACGAUAGGGGGAAGGGAAUGAUUCUGCUGAUCUUACUCGACCCCCCCCCCCUCUCUUUCCUUUGUCUCUCCCUUCCCUCCCUCCUCCCUCCCUCUCCCUUGCCCUUCUCUGGUGUCUUUCCGUCUACCCUGCCUGCACUAGGUGGCAUUUCCAAUAUAUAAUCCGUUUCCAGAUUCUUUGCCUCCCCCCUUUUACUAAUACUUCUCUAAAGUGUCCACUUAUUUGUGUGCACAUAUUGUGACUUAGCUGACUAGUUGGGAGGUUGAAUGUCGACCUUAUCCCUUCUGUUAAGGGAUAAACCGAUGUAAAAUGUGUUUGUUAUUUUUUGCUUAUCCUUUUUUAUGUGUGUCCUAUUUCUUUGUUUUCAGUUGUAGCAUUCCAGACCAUGUAAAAGGUUUAAAAUUUGUCCUCUUUUUCAUGUAUUUUCCUUUUUUUUUCCAGCUUUUUUUUUUUAAAGCAGAAAUGCCUCGUUUCAUUUUUGGUGAUGAAUGAUAUGUUUAACGUCUGUCCCUUGGAAACAAUUUAUAUAAGUGACAAAUUAAACAUGUAGUGAUUUAGUGGAAUCCGUUUUCACUAUUAGUCAAGUGAUAUAAUUUUAAAUAAACCAAAGCUGAAUUUU